UAAAAAUUACAAUAUACAAAAUUAUUCGUUCUACUCUCAGACUGGUCAUUUGUGAUAAAUAUCGGAUUAAUAGCCAUUAAAUACGGUUAAACAGAUUAAUGCUAAUGAAAAAAUUAUAUUAUCUUUUAUAUUUUCUUUUUGUUUAUUUAUUUAAUCAGUAUGAUGCGUGGCAUAUGUGCUUCUCAGUGUAUAAAUAAGCUGUUCAGUAACAUUGGUAUCAGUCUUAACGAGUCUCACGACUAAAUCCAGUCCAAUAGUCUGGUAAAUUACCGAGCACAACAAUAAAUAUUUUAAAAAAUGGAUUCAGUAAUUCGUACUCGUACUCCUGGGAUUCCUGCUGAGGGUGUACGGGAUGAGUAUGCCGAUGGAAUAGCUGCUGAUGUAUGGGACACUAUAGUUGGAGAUAAAAAACAACGUACUCAAGUUUAUAAAGACUUUUUAAUGGGUUUAUUACGUGAAAAUGGUUGCAAGAGAAUCCUUGAUGUUGCCUGCGGCACAGGAAUUGACUCUGCAAUGCUCAUUGAAGAUGGAUUCCAAGUUGUCAGUGUUGAUGCUUCUGAUAAAAUGCUCAAAUAUGCGCUCAGUGACCGCUGGGAUAGAAGAAAAGAACCUGGUUUUGAUAAAUGGGUAUGAUGCGUGGCAUAUGUGCUUCUCAGUGUAUAAAUAAGCUGUUCAGUAACAUUGGUAUCAGUCUUAACGAGUCUCACGACUAAAUCC